UAUGCAACCAAAAGAAAUUCACCAAUAAAUACCUCCCCAAACUACUCCAUAAUAAAUGAAGACUAUCAUUUUCAUAGAAAACUUAGAUUAGGUAUGAAUUUCUUUUAGUACAUUAAAUAGGGUAUUUCAGAAGAUUAUCUAUAUCGUAAAUUUAAAGAAGUAGGUGAAAUACAAAGUUUAAAGAUUACAAAAGACAAGACCACACAGAAAUCAAAAGGAUAAGCAUUUAUUACAUUUGCUCAUCCUGAUUCUGCUGAAGAAGCUAGAAAAAAAUUUAAUAAUUAAGUUUUCAUCAGAAAUAUCAUCAGAGUUAAACAAUACUUCAAUUAUCACAAUGCUGAUAAAAAAGCCAACAUCUUCAUCAAUAAUCUCUCAGAAGAUGCUGAUAUUUUAGAAUUGGAGUAAGAAUUUUCAAGAUUUGGAACUGUGUUAUCUGUUGAUAUUCAUAGAGACAGUUAAGGAAAGCAAUUAAAGUAAAUAAUAGUAUAUAAUAAUUUUUAGUUAUGGUUAUGUUCAAUUUGAAAAGAAGGAAGAUGCUGAUAAUUUGAUUAAGAGAAUUAUGAAUCAUCCAAUGACUCAUAAAGGAAAGUUAUUGAAAUUGGAAUCAUUUAAAGCUUAAUCUGAAAGAAAAGUUGAAUCAAGUUCAAUCUAUUUAAGAGCCUUUGCUAAACCUUUACAAUAGAACUAUUUUGAAAAAGAGAAGGUUGUCAGAGCUAUUGAACAUGGAUGGUCAUUGAUUAUUAAAGAUUAUUUCACAAAACAUGGCUUUUAAAUUAAAGAUUGUUUUGUUAAGAUUGAUUAACAUACAAGAUAACCUUGGACAAUGAUCUCAUUCGAAACAUCAGAAUAAGCAAAAUAUCAUUUAGAUAUUUGUGAAUUAUCAAGAACACAUCCAUGUAUAAAUUCAGGUGCUCAUCAUGCAUUGGAAUUAAUUAAUAAACAUGGUCCACCUGUCAAUAGUGAUGCAAGUUAAGCUUUCUCUGUUGCUGAAAUUACUUAAGCAUUCAAAGAAAUGGCAUAAGAUCAUAAUGACACUUUCAAAGGAGAAAGUGAAAACUUCUUUUAUAAUAUGGUCUAUAGUAAAAACUUAAAUCCUGAUGACAGAUUGAUUCUCGUUUAAAAUAUUAAGGAUGAUGUUACAAAAGAAUAAAUCUUAGAUUUCUUAUCAAGAUUUGGAAAAGUUAUUCGUUUAACAAUUAGAAAAACUAAAAAUCCAAGAUUUUAGGUUUAAUAAUGUUUUGUUCAUUAUCAAACAAUGGAAGAUUCAAAGAGAGCAAGAUCAGAAAUCUAUGAUGAUAAAAAUGAAGAGAUAUCUAAAAUAAAGAAGUAAAUUUUUAAGGAUGGUCAUGUUAUCAUGAAUAUUUUGUUAUCUAAAGCCAUGAGAAAGGAAUUCAAGGAAAUCAAAAAAUAAAGUCAAAGUAUCUUCCAAAAUCCAGGAGGAAGACAAUUACUCUAACCACCUUUUGCUGGAAACCUUCAAAUGAUGCCUCCUCAAAUGCCCUUCCCUCCUGGAUAAAAUGGAAUGAGACAAAUUCCCCCAAGAGGAGGAAGAGGUGGUCCUUUCACUAUGGUAAGACCCUAAGGUAUCAGACCUCCUCCCAUGAAUAAUAAGCCUUUUUAACCACCCCCUAACAAAGUGGUUACAUCUUAGACAUUCAUCUAAGAAUUUUCUGAUUACACAUUAAUUUAAAAUAGAAUGGAAGAAUUCUUAAAGAUUCCUCAAAGUGAUUAAAGAAAUGUACUUGGUAACCUACUUUUCUAAAAAGUCUUCGAAGUUGUGAAAGAUAAGGAGUCAACUAAAAAAGUUGUAGGUACAUUAAUAUUGUAAAUAUUUAGGUAUGCUCAUUGAUCCAUCAUAAUUUGAAAUUGGUGAUAUAUUGAAUAUGUUUGAAGACAGUUAAGAACUUCAAACUUAUAUUGAUGAUGGUCUUGCAUUGAUUAAAGAAGAAACUCAAAAAUGAGUU